AUGUUUCCUGCAGGAGAGGGUUCGGGUUUGUUGACCAACGGAGAUGCCCUCUCUCCAACGCUGGAGCUCAGUUUGACCAGCUUAUACACGGUGCUCUACUCCUUCCUCUUUGUGUUCGUGUACCUGCAGCUCUGGCUCAUUUUGCUCUACGGACACAAGCGCUUCAGCUUCCAGAGCGUGUUCCUGUUCCUCUGCCUGCUGUGGGCAGCUCUGAGAACGACCCUCUUCUCGUUUUACUUUCAAAAUGUGGCGCAGGCCAACCAGCUGCAGCCUCUGGCCUACUGGCUGCUCUACUGCUGCCCAGUCUGCCUGCAGUUCUUCACCCUCUGCCUGCUCAACCUCUACUUCACACAGGUGAUGUUCAAAGCUAAAGCCAAGUAUUCACCGGAGCUCACCAAAUAUAAGGUUCCCCUUCGGUUGUUCUUCCUGUGCAUCAGUAUAUUUUUCCUGGUGGUGAAUUUGACUUGUGCGCUCUUGGUUCAAGGAGCGUUGGAGAACUCUAAACCUCCGAGUGAUGGGGGUGUUAGGCACGCCGUCUUGGCUCGGGUCCUGAUCAACGACAGCCUGUUUGUCUUGUGUGCCAUAUCUCUGGCUGUGUGCGUCUUCAAGAUUGCCAAGAUGUCAUCUGCCAACGUUUACCUCGAGUCCAAGGGAACAUCAGUGUGCCAAGCGACCGUCAUAGGAGCCGUGGUGAUUCUCCUCUACACUUCCAGAGCCUGCUACAACCUCGUGGUGGUCUCCCUGUCGCCGCAGGACAAACCCAGUCCCUUCAGUUACGGCUGGUACAGCGUCUCUGAUCAGGCUGAUGUAUUUAACGUCAGCGGCGAGGCCUACAUUGUUUUUGGGGUUAUUCUGUUCUUCUGGGAGCUGCUGCCCACCAGCUUAGUGGUGGUUUUCUUCCGAGUCCAGAGACCCCAUCAAAACCUGCCUCCAGGGGGCAUGAUCAACAGCCACAGUUUCAGCUCCAGAGCUUACUUCUUUGACAACCCGCGGCGGUACGAUAGCGACGAUGACCUGUCCAGAAGCAUCAGUAGUAGAGCUGAUCGGACAAGUCUUCUCUCCACCACACCCCAGCAGGCAACAUCUAGUUGGUAUGGUUCCAUCCAGCGUAACGGGACUUUAGCGGCGGGGGUGGCAACCGCCCCGCAGGCGCCACCUUCCACAGUGCCACCUUCCACAGCGCCCCUACUUUUUGCCCACGGAAGCGUCCAGAAUCAUCAUCACCAUCACCACAACUACUACUCAACCCCGCAAAACAACAACCAACAUCACCACAGUAACUACCACUCCACGCCACAGACUUAUUACUGUGGAUCACAGACGUAUUUCUGCACCCCUCAAAAUUAGGAAGGCAUGACGGUAAAUGGACUUCUACUGUUUUGGUCACAACUUUGUUGAUCCAGCUACAUCAAAACGUGAUCUUGUAAACUCACCCUACACAACUGGUUCAAACAUUUCUCAGCGUGGUGGCGGAGUAAUCGGAACAGAAAGUUGGUGCGCCGGGACUACUAUUUUUUUGAGGACGUGAGCGUCUUUGAGAGUGACGUGUAACCACAAAUGGCUGGAAAGCCUCGUGUC